GAAAUUCUUCCUGUAUGGAUUAGCCUUCUAGUGAUGGUGAAACUGGAAGAAGACCACUUUAAGCAAACCCAGGAUGAAUCGGGUGCCAGGUGAUGCAGAAAAUGCUCACAGUAGCAGUGUGGAAUCCUGUCCUUCCUUGCGGGAUGUCCACUCCAUCAACCCAGCGCAGCUGAUGGCAAGGAUUGAGUCAUAUGAAGGCAGAGAGAAGAAAGGCAUAUCAGAUGUCAGAAGGACUUUCUGUUUGUUUGUUACAUUUGAUCUCUUAUUCAUAACCUUGCUGUGGAUAAUAGAAUUAAAUGUAAAAGGAGGCAUUGAGACUACCUUAGAGAAAGAAGUCCUACAAUAUGACUACUCUUCUUCAUAUUUUGAUAUAUUUCUACUGGCAGUCUUUCGAUUUAAGGUGUUAAUACUUGCAUAUGCAAUGUGCAGACUGCGCCAUUGGUGGGCAAUAGCUUUUACAACAGCAGUGACCAGUGCCUUUUUAUUAGCAAAAGUAAUUAUUUCACAGCUGUUCUCACAGGGUGCUUUUGGCUACGUGCUGCCCAUCAUAUCCUUCAUACUUGCCUGGAUUGAAACUUGGUUCUUGGACUUUAAAGUGUUACCACAAGAAGCUGAAGAAGAAAACAGAUUUUUGUUAGCACAGGAUGCUUCUGAACGAGCAGCUCUUCUUCACCCAGGAGUCCUCUCUGACGGGCAGUUCUAUUCUCCUCCUGAAUCUGUAGCAGGUUCUGAUGAAGACUCUGAAGAAAAACAAGACAGUGAAAAACCAGUUGUGUAGCAAACAUGAAAAAGCAGAAAGAAAAUGUCUGAGGGAAGUUGUUGGGGUUUGGAAACUGGCAACAGAGUCUGUGGCUGACUUGCUGGUGGAGCUGCUGACAGGAGAAUUUAUUCAUUAGAAAGCAAAGGGAAUGGUUCCCAUGUACUGUAAUACCUCACAAAGAUGUACCUUGUUGACAUAUGUAUAUUAGGUUGCCUCCCAGGUGGUAUGAAAAUAUUUGUCCAUGAUGUAUUUUAUUAUUCAGUGAUUCCUGAAGUUGAUCCUUCUAAUGACUAGGUAAUUACUGGAAAGUGUUGUCUUGUGUACCUAAUCAAGAGACUGGUAAUAUAAUGAAGUAAAACUUCUCUAUGGUGGAAGUAUAUUUAAUGAUUGUUGGGACUCACUAGGUAAAAUUAUUUUAUGUUAUCGCAAAUUUGUCAUUAGUUUUAUGUUUACUUUUUUUAACUCAUGCAUUUUCUUUUUUAAUGGAUAUGUUCACUUUCUAAAAUAAAAAUGUUAAAACAUG